CACUACUAACCUGACACGUUAAUUGACCUUGACACGUGAACUAGACGAUGACAUCUUGGCCCCGUCUUGUGAGGCAACUCCACCUUGGGGGCUCCUCCUUCAACCCUCCCUCACUUAUUGGGUUUACUUCAGAAAGUUGAUAAUUGUUGCUGAUGUUACGCCUCAUUACCCUUGACGUGACCAACACUAUCCUCAAGUUUCGAAAUUCUCCUGGGGAGCAGUAUGCAGCCAUUGGUCAGCUGUAUGGUUUAAACCCAGAUCCUCAGAAGCUAAAACAUGCCUUUGGACUGAGUUAUAGGAAACUUGAAAAGGAAACACCAAAUUUUGGAGCUGGAAGCAUUGGCUGGCAAAAUUGGUGGCUUUUAAUUGUAAGAGAAACCUUUAAGAGAGCUGAUUGUCAUGCUGAGGAACAUACCCUAAAUGCUGUUGGACAUCACCUCAUCAAACAUUUUGCAAGCGCUAAUGCAUAUGAACUUCUCGAUGGUUGCAUACCACUUUUAGAACAAAUUAAUGACAAGGCUGUGAAAAUUGGAGCUAUAUCUAACUUUGAUUAUCGCCUGGAGGGCAUCCUGUAUCAGUUGGGGAUUAGGCAUUAUUUUGAUUUUGUUGUUAAUUCAUAUAGUGUCAAAGCUGCCAAGCCAGACCCAAGAAUCUUUCAGCAAGCUUUGGUCAUUGCAGGCAGUGAUAUUAGUCCAGGUGAAGCUCUUCACAUAGGAGAUGACCUUCACCGAGACUAUCUAGGAGCACGGGCCUCUGGAUGGCAAAGCUUUUUGGUGUCAAAAGAUUAUCGGCAAUUAUGUGAGGAAGUUGGUGUGACGCCUGACACAACUUCUAUGUUUACCUGCUUGAGAGAAUUAUUACCUGUGAUAGAACGUUAUACUUAUCCUUAAAGCAUAUGUGAAGAAAUACAGUAUGUUUAUGAGCGAUUGUGGAUAUUCAGCAUAAUAAGAGUAAACAUUUUGUAUUCGCAAAAAAUGAUUGUUGCUUUGAAUUGUACAAAUUUUUUUAAA